CGCGAAUUCCUUUUUCCUGCCUCCGAUCGCCCCUCGACGAGUGUAGUGACAGCCAUUUUGUAAAGCUCGUAUCCGUCGCAUCCUCACGUAGAAGGUACGACGCGGGAACGACCUGACGCGUAAUACAAUCCUUGCGUGGAUAUAUUUGUAAUAUAAAUUAAUUCAAGAGUUAGAAAGCAUGGGACGUAAGAAGAAGAAGCAGUCGAGACCGUGGUGCUGGUACUGCAAUCGCGAAUUCGAUGACGAAAAAAUUCUGAUCCAGCACCAAAAGGCGAAACACUUCAAGUGUCAUAUAUGCCAUAAAAAGCUAUACACUGGUCCCGGACUGAGUAUACACUGCAUGCAGGUCCACAAAGAGGCUAUCGACAAAGUACCAAAUUCUCUUCCUAAUCGGAGUAACAUUGAAAUAGAAAUAUAUGGUAUGGAAGGUAUACCGCCAAAUGACGCCAAAGAACAUGAGAGACAAAGAAAUGGGGGUCGGCCGGGAUCGCCAAGCUCUGGAGAAGAUGAACCAGCUCCCAAAAAAUCCAAGCCGGAAGGUCUACUCGGCUCUGCACCUGGGGCCGUUCCUACCGGUUCCAGCAUGAUGUCGGGAGUUAUGCCUGGUCUGUCUGCCCACCAUGGAAUGCCUCCGCACAUGGGACAGUUUCCACCUCACAUGCACCAAAUGAUGGGGCCCAUGGGACCUGUCGGACCUCCUUUCAUGGGGCCUGGAAUGAUGCAGGGGAUGCCAGGAAUGCCUCCAGGAAUGCAGCCACCGGUUUCGGGUGCAUCAAUGCCCGCCAGGCCACUCUUUCCAAGUGUUGUAUCGACAGCGACGUCUUCCGCGCCUGGAUCUUUGCCGUUGGGUGCUGACUUCAAGCCAAUAACAUCAAUAGCGGGAGGUUCUAUUGGCCCAAUGAAACCGACGUUCCCGGCAUAUGGAGGUGGUGAUAAUAACGCUGCAAGUCUGCAAAGCAACAGUACAAAUGACCAAAAAGUUAACCUUAUUGCGACGACUGGCGCUGCUAGCAAAAUAAUCCAUCCCCAAGAGGAUCUUAGUCUGGAAGAAAUACGAGCCAGGUUACCCAAGUACCAACGGCGCCAGACAGAAGAUACCAGGCCUACACAAGCAGAAACGUCUCAGCACGUAGCUGCAUUGCAGCACCAACAUCAGCAGCAGCAGCAGCAACAGCAUCAGCAGCAGCAACAUCAGCAACAUCAACACCAGCAGCAUGUUGCUGCUGCUGCAUCUGCUGCGGCGGCGUAUCAAGACCAGCAACAGAGACAACAGGCAGCCCUUAGUGCACUCCAGCAACAGCAACAACGAUUCCAGCGACCGCCUCAGACCGUUAUGGUUCCAGCCUCCGCGGCUAUGCCGGUCAGUUCAGUCGCCCUUAUGGCCCCUCUGAUGCGCCCGACUAUGACCUUGGCUGCACCCGCUCUUAUUCAUGGAGGUAACAUGAUGCGACCGCCCCCCAUGGGCCUGCCUCCAGGUAAGUGUCCAAUGUCUUUAUCCCCUGGACUCCAGCCCCAUUGCCCCUGUCCAUUUUCUAUUUUCCAAAACCCCUGCCAGCCCUGGCCCCAUCCCUCGGAGCGUUGGGAGUCUCGGCAGACCGAGUUGAAAAUUUAAUGAGAAAAAAGAAAAAGAAAUAUAACGACGUACAAUAAUUAUGGGCUUUUCUAUUAUGUGUAGUGGUUGCAUAUUAUACUUCAAAUGAGAACCACUGAUACCAUUGAAGAAAACGAUUCUGGGUGAACGGAUUUGCGGAGAACUUUACCGAUCUUCUCUAUUUUUGAUUUUUAUUUUAUCUACUGUCUUGUGGAGUUUCUUUUCUCUUUAGUCUGAAGGGCGGGGUUGGAUGGACUGAGGUUGCGUUUUAGUGUGGUGGGAUUUUUGAGUGAUGCAAAUCAAUGGAUAGACUAAUAUGAAACCACUACAAGACAGUUAUAAUCUUCUAUCGAAUCCAUUAUUUGGUCAGAAAAAGUUUUCUUCAGCGUCCUGGAUCCACGGUACACUUUUAAUUUCCGUAUCUUCUUAAUUGCUAUUUUUUUCAAUAGCUAUAUACCCCCACUAUUUGCAUUAGGCGAUUCGUUUUGGGUGUCGUAUGGAUACAGCAGCUUAGUCUAAAGCUCGACGAUUACCGUCAAUAUCUUUCCGUCACAAUGAUGGCUGUUAUUGCAAUAGUUUGAUGCUAUGUACUUUGAAACCGAUGUAAAUAUAUAUAUUUUUACAUCAGUUUUAAAGUACACGGCAUCAAACUAUUGCAAUGUAUGUACUUUACUUGGCUUCUGACUCGAAGAGUAAUCAGUGUACAGUGACAGCAGUCAAACGAAUGAAUCUCUUGCAAAAAUAUUUUUCGCUUUUCUAAAAAUUGCAUAAAAAUGUGGAACAGAUAAUAAUAUUGAUAAUAAUGUAUAAGAUGUUGCACUCUUAUCCGAUAUCCAAUUCGAUAUUGACCAUUAAGUCCAGAAUUACGUGAAUAUGGAGUAAAAAAAUCUAUAUAUAUAAAAACAAAACAAGUGAAAAACAGAAAAAUAGCACACUCAGGAUUCACCCAUGCGCCGAACUGACGACAGCGUCGUACGUUUACGUUAUAACGGUGCGUUUGCAGGGCGCCCUGUCACUCCUCGGUGAGUGUUGAACGAACGUUCCCAGUCUGGUUACUAAAACCGUGUUUUAUACAAGUGCAACAAGGUUGGUCCUUAGCAAAUAGCAUGCGGUGACAUGGCCUAUAUCUCAUUACUUUUAUUUUAUUAUUAUUGUCAUCAUCAUCAUUAUCAUCGUCAUCAUCGUCAUCAUCGUCAUCAUCCUCAUUAGCAUACUCAACACCACAUUUAUUAUUUAUGUCAUUAUCAUCGUCACAAUUUCAACUAUUAUUAUCGUUACUAUUCUUGUCAUCAUUGUUAGGCGGCAGGUUGCCAAUUUUUUUGGCUAACAGGCCGAGCGGUCAUUCUCAUAUUCUUAAUUACUGACAUUAACUUUCGUUUUCAAGGCUGUAACAUUUAUCAUAUUAAAACUGUUUAUUCAAUCGCUAAAUGAUCAUACACUUUUCUUAAAAUCUUGAACUAUAGUUCUCAGUCUAACAACAAAUCAUGCCCAUCUAUUUAUUUAUUUACCAUUGAUAUAUAUUUCAAUGACUUACUCCGAGGUAGUUUAAAACUAAUUCACUACGCCAAAUUCAAACAUGUCUUAAUUUCGUGGGAAAGAAAAAGUGUAGACAUUACAAAAAUGAACAGGAUUCUUUGUCAAACACAAUUUAAUAGCUUAUUAACUUGGGUAAGAAAAAUUCAAAGACAACUUUUAACUCAUGUCAAGUAAUUCUUGAUAUUUCGGUGGAUUAGGUUUUCACCAAGGCUAUCGGUUUGAUCAUAAAUAAAAUAUACUCUUAGAUCGCGCCCGCUCGGCCGUAUUUGAAUAUCAUACAUUUAUUAUUACAUAAACAUACAUAAAUUUUUUGCGUUCGUUUUAUUUUUAAUUUUUUUAUUUUACUUUGGUUUUAUUUUUAGCCUCUACUCACUGUUUCUCUUUACCUUACUAUCUUGUAAUCACUUACCAUCCCAUGCCAACCAUACAUCAUAAUAUAUCCUGUCUCUUAUAUUUAUAGCUUGACUCCUGGUGUUGUGAUACAGUAGUGAAAAUGCUUUUUGGGCACGGUUUUGUCCGUUGUUUGAAAUUUACAACCGCCAAGGCGGCAUUGGUGCAUUUUUCAUGAACCCAAUUUUUUCAAAUUUUAAUUCUUACUUGAAAUUUUUUUUAUAUGACACAUAAAUUACACAUUAUUCUUGGUUUUCAAGUUUUAAAGUGGCAGUAUGUUAAAGUCAGAGUAGAUCAAUUAUUAAAGGGUAAACAUAAAUGAAAGUAUACAAUAAAAAAAAUGAGGAAAUUCUUACCUGCAAAGUUUUUUCUCUUUUCUUUUCUAUCCAUUUUUGCCUCUGUACACUUCAAUUCAAAUUAUUGUCAAUACAUAUUUGCUUUUUGAUUUUUCUUUCUAGCAAAUUACAAAUGAAGGGGACAAUUUACUCCAAAAAGUCCUUCGUCCUGUUUCAUUAAUUUUUAUAGUUUUAACUACGUCAAUGCACAUCGUGUGUUUGAUUAAAAGUUUUGAAUAAUUAUUGCGCGUUCAUGAAAAAUGAUACAAGUAUAUGAAAAAGUCGAUUAUCUUGAUCGUAAUUAUGCUUUUAGUUUUGAAUGAAAUGUUUCAUAAAAAUAAAUUUGCAACACCGAACAUAACUAUAUAAUAUUCACACUAGCCUAGCUUUGUGUCACACAUAUACAUUUAUAUAAGUUUGACCUGACCGACAGUAAGUAACGAAUUCACAUACCAGCAUAUAUACUAUAUUACAUAAUUGGAAUAUUGCAUAUAUACAUAUAUAUGUAUGUAUGUUAAACAAUUAAAUAAAAUUAAACCUAACAAAUGGGGAUAUGAUAUUUGUAGAUAGAAUAUUCAGCGCGAUACUGCGGCUUGUGAAAUUGAAAGCAAGUGACAGAUGACUGAUUAGAUUUCAUCUCCCAAUGAUUGGCGACUGCAGGCGCAAGUCAUUGCUAGACUUUAGUAUGGUGUGCAGUUUGUGUGGUAAUCGUUUAGCACAGUUUAAUCAUUUGUUGUUGACUUGCUAAUGUAUACAGCACAUUGCAUGCUGAUUGUUCGAAAUCUACAGUUCUUUCCGUUUGUUCAAAUAAAAUUUACCUGAAAAAUACUUGGCCCGUCACUGUAAAGAAAAACAACUGAAUUAAUCACUGACAAAAAUCGAUCGCUAAUACUUUGCAUUUUAUAUCACCUACUCAAUAAUCAAUCGAUAUAAAAUUGUCAAAAGAUGGAACGGAAGCAAUCAAUGAUUUUUUAUCUCAUCCUAUUUUCUGUACCCGUUGUAAUCAAGUCAGCUGUCACUCGAAUUUCUCUUCAACACAGUUGUAGUCGAAUUGCGUUCAAUCCUACUCAGCGUCGUAUACUACAGACACCUUAUUUCUGUAACUUCUACGCAAAUAUUUUCAAUAAUUCACGAAAACAAAUGACAAUCUUUGUACCAGACCCUUUUACUACACUUUAUUUUGUAUUCUAUUCUUUUCGUUCUUAUCUUGAACCACCUUUUCAAGUGAGACAAAGUAUAAAUUUCUGAUUCAACGACAGGUUUGAAUGUAAAGUACAAUGCGCUAUAAAUUUUUGUCUGUGUUACGACGCGGAGUAUGGAGAUAUAUGUUUAUUAUUCGUGGAGACUGAGGCUGACGUAAGUAUACCGAAAUGCUGUUGAUAUGUUCUCUCUUUUUUUUUUUAAAUUAUUGUUUUUUUUUUCCUUCUGAAUCUUGUUUUAAAUAAGAGUCGUGUGGUGGAUGAGUUGAAUUCAGUCGUGGUUUUUUGCAGGGAUGAUAGGCGCCCUACCGCCGGGUGCGAUGCACCCAGCGUUCGCCACUCCCAUGGGAUUUCCAGGAGCACCAAUGCUCGCCCCGAUGAUGCAUCCGCGCUUCAGAUGAUCGCCCCCCUCGGACGGGCCCAACCCACCUCUGCAUUUCGUGCUUUGGGCCCGCCCGUAGCGGCUGGAAUCUGACGAUACCAUCGAGGACGUUCGAUCGACGAUGAAGCGAAGCCUCGGAAGCCUCCACAUCAGCUGCAUCUAAAACCAUCAUGUUAACACGAAGUUAGCCAAACUAUUUGUUUUUCAAAUAAUAAUUAUUACUAUUAAUAUUAUUAUUAUUGAUAUUAUGUCAUGAUGUCAGUAACUUCCGGCAGCCGUUGAGAGAAAGAGAGCGAUUUGUUAAUCAUGGAAGUGGGCUGCCGAAGUUUUUGAACUGUUUUUAAUAGUCACGACACUAAGAAGACACGUCAUACUGGUUAGAUUGAACAUAUCUUCAUCUUUCACCUACUCGUUUCUGACUUUUAUUGAAAAAUUCCCUUGGACUCUUAUUGUGGAGUCGAUAAUAAGCGUACCCAAUGUGGAUUAAAUUAGCAAAACUUUCUCAAUUGCACGCUUAUUAUAUAUUUACACUUUUUCAUUUCGUUUUUUUUUUUUCAUUAAGUUAAUGCAGUCGAGUAUUCCGGCAAUGUGGCGGAAUGAAAUGCAGACUCACAUAUUCGUUGCUAUCUUCUCGUGUUUAUCGAGUCAGUUGAGGUAUAAAAUUAUCAUUUCUUAUUCUUUUUCUCUAGUUUUAUUUUCGAUUUUUCACAUCACGUUUAAAUUGUACCAGGGAUUUUAAACGAUCCAUCUCGCACUCUUUCUCACGACGUCUUUUCGGUUUACCCCAUACACCAAUUUCCUCUUGGAGAGGCUGCUCGCAAACGCGGAUAUAGGUGGUGCUUCACGCUGCUACCAGGAUACAAUAUUUUUUUCACACAUUCACCAAGUGUAACGCAUCGCAAUUUUCUUUAUUUAUAUUUCAAUAAACAAUAACGAGUAUAUACAUUGAGAUAUCUGUGUGUGUAUAUAUAUAUAUGUAUGUAUAUGCAUAUUGAACGAACAUUACAAAAUAGAGUGGAACGUUUGAUGAGGAAACAAAAAUAACAAAUUUCUGCUCAUCUGUAUUAUAACUAUUGAUAUUUUCGUUAUUGCUUGAGAAGCUUUGAAUCGUAGAUUUUACUCUGGCGUUGAAUUCUGGUUUAAAAAUAUUCUUAUUUGUAAAUAUUUUUAGCUUAUUGCAUCGCGAUAAGAUUUGGUUGAUUUUUUUUUUUUCCAACCUUCGCCCUUACGAUCUGGAUUAACUUUUUCCAAAUCUUCAAGCGUUGACGUUUUCUUAUACAGAUUACACAAUCUGUAUUAAUUUUGUAAAAGUAUAUAAGUCUGGAGGCAGCGUGGAGGCUGAGCCGCCUCAGGUUAGUCUGUCGCAAAUUUUAUUUUGUUAUCACUUUGGGCUGAAUCGAAUUUAUACAAACUGAAAUUACAUGCAUUAAUAACUAAGUGCAAAGCGUAUCUAAUAGUACGUUUAAUUAAUAUCAUCGAUUCAGUUCAAAGCCUUUCUUCGGAAGAAACAAGUCGGCGACGAUUGAGUGAGUGGUAAGUACGGAGAGUGUUUAUUAAAACGUUAGCUCUCUUCACUCGACUCACGCCGUUUUUCCAUCUCCUAACCUUUGCUCAGUCUUCUCAAGCCAUGGAUCCAAUCAAUUUAAAAAAGUCUCAGCCAAUCGAGACUGAAUCACACUGAUUUUUUACAUCAACAAUUUUCAUUAUUUUCUCGAAAGUAAUACCUAAUUUAAAGAAAAUUCGUUUCUUAAUACAUUUUUGUUUGAAACUAAUCUCAUCAUCAUUGUUGUUGUUGUUGUUGUUAUUAUUAUUCUUAUUAUUAUUAUUAAUUGUCAUGUCCCAAUUUAUGAUUUAUUCUAAUGCAUUGCAAGUAAAAAUUCUUAUAGUUUAACGGAUUAUCCGUAGCUAGGGAAGACUCGAUCUCCUGAAAUACGACUACAUAUUCACAGUGUCUCUCUUUCUUUUUUCUUGAUACUCAGAAAACAGCAUACUGUGACCCAUAUAGACGUGUACGUAUCUCUACACAUUGUUAUCAUACACUUACAUCUAGUGGUUAUGUUCCUCGAUAAGUGGAUGAUACCUGGUUAUUCGUCCAAGACAGUGUCUAUUAUCAUCCCACAAGACCCUAGUAUCCUUUGUUUGCUAUUAUUUAAAAAAGUAAUAUUCACAUGCAAUAAAACCACGGUGUUACAGAAGCUUUCGCUAUCAUUAUCUGACUUCUAAGUCUCUAGUAAAAUUUUGUGAAUUGUGUAUAAGCGAAAUGCAUUUGCAGUGUGAUCAGUUAUUGCAACUACCCACAUAAGUUAAUAGUUAUCAUCAAAGUGACUGAAUUUCAUUCAUCCGCUAGUUACAAUCUAUAGCUUGCAAUGAAACGCAGGUAUUACACGAGUAAUGAAUUACGAAGUUAGAUUAGACUCUCUAGUUUACUUUCUUUUUUCUUUCAAGAAGCUUCUACAAAAUAUUGGCAAUUCAAUUAUUGACGUGACUUAUCAAUGGAAAAUGAACACAUUUGAUCUGGCUAUAUAUUUUAUUUCAUCGUUUUUGUCAUCGGAAAGCUUUCUCAUUAAUUUUGUGAAUUACAGAGGUUUAAUGCGAAUUUUUCACAAUCAAGGCAUUACGUAGACCAGUUCCUUGACUGUAGAAUGUUGGAGUGUUAAAUUUAGGAGAAAAAUGGCUUGAAUUGAAAUUUUGGUAGCUUCCAUAAAUUGAGAAACAUAACCAGUUUAUCGAAAUUGAACAUGUAGAAGUUCUGUUAUUUAUUGAGUGUCAUUUAUGAAGUGUUUAAAAAUAAAGACGUUCUGUGGAAAGCUUGAUUAAUUGGACUUAGCCCGCGAUUUCGGGAAUUUAUCGAAAGUCUUUUACUCUUUGUUUGAAAAGACAUAAAAUUUAAAAAAUUACAGUUACGUAAUAAGAUAGAGCUUGAAAGGAUAGCAAUUUAACAGCAAUGCACAGAUUGAUGACUCGUGUAAAUUCCUGGCAUCGUGGACGACAGUCACAUAUUGUUUCAACCAAUCACAGCCUUAACUGCUGUUGGACCAUUUCGGUUCCUUGCCCCAGGGCAGGCGAUUGUUUGGACCUACCGUCAUUAAAGUCAACGAAUCUCAACUCCCAGUUUUAUAAAUUUUGAAGCCCAGAAUUAUAAACAUGCGUGUCGAAAUUGUAAGGUGAAGAAAAAAAAGCUUACACAAUUUGUCAAAAAUACUGUAAUAGUGAGGAAACUCGAGCGGGAGAUUGAGAUGACACCAAACCGAUGAUAACAUUUUUCAAAUACAAAUACCUAAUUGUUGAAGUGUGUAUUUAUGUAUAAUUUAAAAGUGCAAUAUGGCAGGAAGUCCGCGAUGAACAAUACCAUUAUAGGCGACCAUAAUAUCCAUUAAUAAACGACCGUGUUACCAGUUGUCUUUUCAAUUUUAAAAGAUUUAAUCUUAUUUUCAAAUUACUUGUAUUUCUCUACUAGAUACGAUGCAAUCACUAUUUCUUUCUCGUGGCCAUUUAUGGUUUAGAAAAUGAUAUUAAGAGAAGUUAUUUAUACAGGCUUCUUAAUUAUACAUAUAUAAAAGUGUUCAGAGAAGAAGCAAAAUAUAAUUUUGCCGCGGUUGUAUUUGUAAAACUGGAUAUUUUUCACUUGGCUUAAUUGACGCGUGGCUGGACCGAGAAACAAUAUUAGUAAAUUUCAUUAAGAAUCAUGAAACACAAUAUAAAUUACUCACUUGGUGAUUGGAGAGUUGAGGCGCUCACACUUGAGAACCAUAUUGGUGAAAUUUUUUAUUCUCCUUUUUUUUUUUUUUUUUUUUCUUAAAUUAACGAUGGAAAUUAGGAUGUAUUAAAUUUCAGAAUUAUCAAUGCGAUUACAUUAAAUUAAUUUAGAUCACAAGUGUUCAUUGCGACAAACGAAACUAGUCCAGUGCACCGCUUCAACACUCCAACGGAGAAUGCUUACCCAGGUCUGUGUGUAUCGAUCUCAUUACUAUGCGCAUAUUUUUACGCUAUUCUAUACACUUACAUGGUGAUAGAGAGGAUAAUUAUAUGGAUGGAUUUUAUCAGUUAAAUAAGGUAUUUGGACAAAUAAUAUUCUUUAUUUUAUCUUUUUGUACCAAUUAUGCAUACAUACAUACAUGUAUUUAUAUGUAAACCUAUCCCUAUGCAGGAAUUAUGCAUUAUAAUAUCUACACGAUGCAGACCAAAUUACAGCACUGUUGAUUUUCAGCUGCAACGAUUCGCCACACACUUAUACAAACACCAAACGUUGUAUCUCAAGUGUCCUAAUGAGUGAGAAAAAUUGAAUAAAUAAACAGAAAUCUUCGCUGACAU